GGACAGAGCGGUGCUGUGAGGAGCCCCCACACAGUGCACUCGUUCUUGUCUGACCCAGAGGUUUUCUGAGGCGUUGUUCCUGCAGCUGACCUCAAGGCCAGAGCACAGGACCUGGUGACCUGUGGCCUUCCGAGGCUUCUGUUCUGCAGGUGCCCUCGAGGGCAGAGCUUGGGACUUGGUGCCCUGGACCUUUUCCAAGGCCUCUGUCUUGCAACUAGCUCCAGUCACUGACAUGGAGCAGAGACCCCCGAGAGUACCCAAGAUGGCCUGGGUGGAGGAGGAGGAAGAAGGCUCUGGAGCUGCCACAGCAGAGCAGACAGAAGAGGUGGUGCCAUUCCAUCCACCACAGGAGGAUGCAGCCGUGGAGCGCACACAAGAGCAGCAAUCCAGCCGUGGCCGCUUCCGCAGAACAGCGCAGCUCGUUUGCAAAUUCAUCAAGAGGAUUCGGCAGGAAGAGACCAUCACCAGGGGAGCUGCGUACAGACCAUACUCGCCCAUCUUCCAAAGCAAGACCAGUGCUGCCCUGCUGUAUAUUCUUGUAGAGGAAGAUUGUUACCAUCCAAAGCAAGUAAGCAGCCUGUGGCCAGGGUUUGAUCCCCCAAGGAAUUGCUUGGUCUCCGAAGCCACGCCUGCUGGUCCUUGUGAGCCUCUGAAGCCAUCGCAGUGUGAUGGGAAGGGAAGAACAUCUCUGGGGAAGCUGGGGACAUUGCUCCCUCUGGCAGCUUUCCAAGUCUCCCUGUGCCUUCUCCAGGUGCCCGCCAUGGUGAGGUACAUCCACCAGUGGCUCCUGGCCAAUGAUUCCGCUGAGCACAGGCUGGACAAGACCCUGCUGAAUCUCACUGAAGCACUGACAAAUGACGCAGUCAUGACGCUCCUGCGUGUGGCCCCGUCCUGUGACAGAGCUGCCAUGGCCAUGUGGAAGACCAUCAUGGGCUCAAGCAGGACUGCAAAGCCAGUGCAGCUGACACUCCUGGAUGUGCUGGGGAACUGGCCAGUGUGUAGCACGUGCACCUCCGAUGGGGACAAAACGGGUGUCUUUGCCCUGGCUGUCCUCGAGUGCCUGGACUUGAGGGAAUGCAGCGACAGUGUUCUGGAGAUCAUGACAAAGAACCUGCGGAGCGAGGACGGGGAGAGGCGUCACUUGGCACUCCGAGGCCUCGUGGUGCUGGGCAAGAAUCCCUUGAUGCUGCCCGAGUGCUUCGGGACGGGCUUUGGCCUAUAG